AUGGUUGUUAUUCGAACACACGUCCAAUACAAAAGUAGCAAACGACUAUUCAUGAACGAUUACUGGAUUUUCUUCGCCAUAAUAUGUCAUUUAGCCACAGCAAUUGUCUAUCAAGUGGCGCUUGAUCCGAUGUACGAGCUCUCAUAUAUAGGAGCAGGUCUUAAGUCUCCAACAGCAGGAUUCAUGGACAGAGCAUCGCUUUUUCUCAAAUUGCAGUAUGCAGCGGAUUUACUCUUAUGGACGACGCUAUGGGCCGUCAAGUUCUCCCUUCUUUUCUUUUUCUGGCGGCUUUUUGACUCAGUCAACUCGUCUAUGCGUGUAUUUUGGUGGAUUAUGUGCGGAGUUACUGCGUCAACAUGGAUUACAAGCAUUGUUUUGCAAGAAUUCGCAUGCGAUCCUAUCAGUGAUUUCUUCACACUUGUAAUGGUAAUCCCAUUUCCCCUUCUCUACAAACUAAAAGUCAACCGUCAAAAGCGCUGGAUCCUCAUCCUAGUCUUCUCACUGCCAAUAAUACCCAUCAUCUUUGCCAUCUUGCGCCUCGUGAUGACGAACCCGAAGACACAUAACGUAGAUCCCAUCAGAUUCCAACUAUUCACGAUACUCGAAAAUACCUCCGCCAUUGUGACUUCAUGUCUACCUGCUUUCCGUCUUUUUAUCGUGAACACACAAAGGACAACCAUUACCAGCGACUCAGAUCCCUCAAGAAGAAUCAAUGGAGCAUAUCGGAGCUUUGGGGACUCGUCUCGAAACAGGCAAAAGACGUCCAUUCCGCUGGACAGCUUCAGUGAUUCUUAUUACCAGGCGGAUAUAGUUCAUGAUAAGGAUGCGAUUGGGAGGGCAAUCUCAAAGGAAAGUGAUGAGGAGUCGCUGUAUCCUGGUUCUCCUACUACGCCUACACAUGGCGUUCUUGUAACCCGCGAGACUCAUGUUGUUUCCAAGCCAGACGGAUUCAUAUAG